AUGUCGGUUAACCAGCCCCAGCCUCAACGCGUCCACGAAGAAUUCGAUUUCAACGAUGCUGAUGUCGUAUUCAGCUCGUCAGACAACGUUCUUUUCAGAUUACACCGCAAAAAUCUUGAAUUACUUGGUGAAAUAUUCCCAGGUGGAGAAUUCAGCGCGGACGGAGAAGUCGUACAUCUUCAAGAACCAUCUAAACGGCGCAAAAGACUGGAUGAUCUUGGUCAUGUCACUCUGGCCGACGUCGCUGAGGCUGCAGAGAAGUACAGGAUGUACACUGCGAUGGAUGCAUGUGAGAUGCGUCUCGAAGCGAUUCUUCCGGUCUCCCCGUCACUCGUAUUGGCUCAUGCACUCAAGCACAACAUUCCGAAAUUGAUAAACGCUAGCGCUCGACAAAUGUGCCUAUGGAAUGUACAAAAUGUAUUCAGAGGGCGUGUUCCUAAUGAAUAUGUCGUACCAUGGGGCGAAUACCAUACAUGCUGCCAAGAGAUUUUAUUUGACAAGCUCACCAACUUUGUCGAGUCUCAUUUAAACGCGUCGAAGUAUGAUGAAAACGAUCAAGCUUGUGCCAUCACGAGUGCAUACUGGUUCACAAAGAAACUUCGAUCUCGGCCGACACCCGUGUUCACCUCGAUUCAAGACAGGUUAUUCUGGAAUGAGUCGCUGAGGGAGCACACUGAACUUACACCGACAUGUCCUUAUAUCCCGACUGCUGAAGCCGUAUCGGAGGGUGGUCCUGAGACCUGCUGGAUUCACUACGAAAUCUUUGACUUCCUCAUGGGUUGUAUCAGGGAAGUCAACGGGCUGUCAUUCACAUCCUUUAUAGAGCAGGACAGAAAGAGAACCAUGCCCAUGGACUGGUACUAA